AUGAAAGUCCCGACUCCUGCUGGCACGCAUUUUCUCCACUAUGCUAUUCUCUUGGGUAUUCACUGUUUACACGUUUUGCUUCGUUUUGCCUUCUUCGGGACCGAAUCCACAUGGCAUCCUAACAUGAUCAACAUCCUCAUCCUCUUUUCGUCUGUCCACACCUCCGACCAUCAUCUCUAUUCGGUCUUUGAACACCCAAACUCCUUGAUACCGACAAGACCUGAAACACAACAUGACAAUGCCAAGCCGAGGCGACAUAGCAGCAUGUCAUCUCAGCCCUGUGCUGUGUAUCGAAUUACCGCAUACACUGCGUCUAUGGCUUUUGUGUCUCUCGCACUCGUCCCGCAUGGCACUGCAUUGGCCGCCGUUGCUACCUUGCUACCUACAUCCCACUACGCCGCCGAGGUCAUGGUCGCAGAAGAAGCCUUCCGCGCUUACAUCGGAGUGCAGAUACCUCGAUUCAGGGCGUACAUCUUGAGACAGGGCAGGUAUCUCCCCUGCUCUCUACGGAGACCCUGGCGCUUCCUGACUGGCAUGGCACCACCUCACGGUUAUAGCUUUGGUGAGGAAUGGUGCUUCUCGUUUUGGAUCACCGCUCAGAUUCUAUCCGGGGUUCCGCCUGCUCAGUCAUCCUUCCGUAACUUCAAAUCUCCUCUUUGUCGAGUAUCUUACUGGGGUCCUUCCUUUCAACGGACCGAUAUCGAUGGCUUCAUCCUUCCGUCCGCUGGAAGACUCAAUCAGCAGCUUGGGAGCGAACCUAAUGUGCGCCUCUUGGAGAUUUUCCCGCUGUGCCUCUUCCUUCGUAUCAACAACACAUCACCGUCUACCAGCAGUCAAUCGCCAUCUUCCCAUCCGUUUCGGCUCCAUAAGUCUCCUCGUGGGCUAUUUUCUUUACACUCGCGGUCCUCGCGUAGCUACCGUGCCUCGAACUCAUCACCGCCGCACCUAUUUGCGUCCACCACCAACCAGGGUCUAUAUAGCUUCGCCACUGUUUACCGGGCCCUUACAACAUCGAAUCAAAUCCUCAGAUCGGGGCUUUUCUGCGGCAGGAUCUCUGCUGCAGUGUUUCACGUCCGCGAAAAUGGCGAGCCAUCGUUCCAAUGUCCUUGGCCGACCGGUCAACGAUCAAGUCCAAUACAGCUUCAUCCCACACCACCCUAUCAAAUUCGGCCCCGGUCUGCACCUGAGCAUCCAGUCGUCCUUUCCAUUCUAUAUCCACCGGAAGAUGCAUCACGUCGCUUUCUUUGGAGCAACGGGGUACACCGUGUUCAGAUGUCUGAUGCAUGCUCUUCGGGAUACGUCAAUAUUCUGUCAUGUGUGUGCAAGGCAAGUCUCCUGGAGAUGUUUGACGACGCGGAUGACUUUCAAACGGAAUACCUUGGCCGCAUGACAGUUGUCACAGCAGACUUGACCCCAGAAACUGCAGCUGAAGCCCUGUUCCCGGAGGAUCUUCAAGGAGAGCCCGAGAUCUCAGCAGGGGAGGGCGACAAGUGCGACGUCUACAUCAGCGAAGCAGGCAUUUGUCAUAUAUUCGACGCCUUGCGCAUGCGCUUCGCCGCAUCUCCGCCGAAACGCAAACCGCGCCUCAUUAGCGUCGGUUCUCUUUCCAUUGACGAGCAGAUCGAUGAUACUUCCGACCAGCUGGCAACGGAAGUAAGACCUCUUUACUUAUGGUUCAUGGGGAUGGUCAGUGAGGAAGUUCACGACAACGAGAUAUUUCUCCGGGAGCUGCCUUACGGCAGUGAAGGUAGUGAUACCAGCAGCUAUGAUUCGUCCAGCGAGUGCGACCCAAGCAGCAGUCUGCACAGCAGUAUGAGCAGCUUUUUAUCUCGAGACUGGGACCAGCCCAAGGUAAACUUUCCACCCAGGACGCCAUAUGACGACAAGAUUGAAAUGGAGUAUUCAAUCAGCGAUAAAUGCAACAAGGAACUCUACAGUUCCAGUCUGAUUGUGAGGCCGACCUUACUUACAUACACCAAGCCAUGUGGAGUUGAGGCGGUACGAGUUGGCCGGGAGGGAAACCCGCAGUCAGGCUGGACAAUCAGCAGAUUUGACGCUGGCCAUUGGCUGUACCACUAUGGUAUUUGCGGCAGUUUGCAAGGCAUUGCUACCAUUACAACGUAG